CCCCAUCUCCCUCGAUGAUCCAAGCACUAUGGUGUCUUGUCCGAUAUGUGGGAACUCUGUAUCAUCUCUGAAAAUCAACGACCAUAUUGAUUCCAAUUGUCAAAACUUUAUUGAUGAGCCAACAUCGAACACUGGGGACCUGACUUCCUCGCAGAAGGCAGAGGUCCCCAGCUUUUUCCAGCCUACCUCGGCGCGGAAAGCAUCCGCUCAGCCCAACUCGCACCCCGACUCCUCGCCUUCGCAGAAUGGUACUCGCAAGAGACCCUCGGCGCCUGAAGCGGAAAUAAUAACCGAUGGCAGCAAGAAGACGAGAAACGAUGCGGAGCAAUAUGUGAAGCGGCCAAAAGUGAGCGCAUUGCAGAAGGCAGCGCCGUUAGCAGAGCGCAUGCGACCUCGGACUCUCGAUGAUGUCUGCGGUCAAGACCUCGUUGGCCCCCACGGCGUUCUUCGCGGGCUCAUUGAACACGACCGGGUCCCAAGUAUGAUAUUGUGGGGUGGUCCCGGAACUGGUAAAACAACGAUCGCGAGGGUUAUCGCUUCAAUGGUUGGGAGCAGGUUUGUGGAAAUCAACAGUACCAGCACUGGGGUUGCAGAGUGCAAGAAGAUAUUCUCUGACGCCAAGAGCGAGCUUAACCUUACGGGAAGAAAGACCAUCAUCUUCUGUGACGAAAUCCACCGCUUCUCGAAAUCACAACAAGAUGUCUUCUUGGGGCCUGUAGAAAGUGGGCAAGUUACUCUUAUCGGUGCUACAACCGAAAAUCCCUCCUUUAAAGUCCAGAAUGCGCUGCUCUCCAGAUGUAGGACUUUCACCCUGGCAAAGCUUACUGAUCAAGAUGUCAAAUCUAUAUUGGACCGAGCUUUACGGGUGGAGGGGCCAAACUACUCGCCUUCUACUCUGGUAGAUGACGAGUUGAUUAAUUACCUGGCAAAGUUUUCGGACGGGGAUGCCCGGACCUCCCUGAAUCUCCUGGAGCUCGCUAUGGAUCUAUCAAAGCGCCCGGGGAUCACUAAGGAAGAGUUAAAACGGUCUCUGACUAAAACUCUUGUCUACGAUCGUGCGGGUGACCAACAUUAUGAUACUAUCUCCGCCUUCCACAAGUCCCUCCGGGGCAGCGAUCCGGAUGCUGCCCUGUAUUAUCUCGCCCGCAUGAUCCAGUCGGGCGAAGACCCACUGUACAUUGCUCGCCGUCUGAUCGUAGUGGCAUCGGAAGACAUUGGCCUGGCAGAUAACAGUAUGCUCACUCUGGCUAUUUCUACCCAUUCGGCCGUGGAGAAAGUCGGGCUCCCAGAGGCGCGGAUCAACCUCGCACAUGCGACCGUGGCUAUGGCGUUAUCCAAAAAGAGUACCCGGUCAUACAGAGGUCUCAACAACGCGUUCGCGGCAUUGGCAGAACCAGGCAUUGCCGGGCUACCGAUUCCAAUUCAUCUGCGGAAUGCCCCCACUCGAUUGAUGAAGGAACUAGGAUAUGGGAAGGAGUACAAGUACAACCCGAACUAUUUGAAUGGCGAGGUAGCACAGGAAUACUUGCCUGAGAGACUUCAAGGCCGGAAAUUCCUUGAGGAUCUCGAUCUUGGUCGUCAGGUUGACCCAGACCUCAAUGGUCAGCGUUGAGAAAAAAGCCUUCAUGGACUAAAGCGUUUAACUUGUCCUCCAAGCUCACGUAUUAUGCACGUGAGUGUGGCAGCUGAGCAUUCUCAGCUGUGGGAAUUGGUGUUGGGAACUGAGACCCGUUCAACCCUGAUGAGCCAGAUGCCAACAUGGGCUAUGAAACUACAAAGCCGCUCGAAUCGCAGCUUCAACUGCCCAAAGGAUGAGUCCCCUAUGGCAGUCACCGGAAGGGCUGGAAAUUCAAUCAAUGGUACGCCCAUUGACAGUCAAGCGACUGAAUGAUUAUGGCGAACCCGACGCUGACAGAACAACAAACUUGACCAACACUUUGCUAAAGAAUAUGAGCGUACUUUCGGUCCGUGAUUUGACAGUGAAGAUAUGGUAUACUGCCAUUUCUCCAGGAGUUUUCGGUUUUUUUUUU